AGCGCCCUUUCCCUAGGGGCGGGGCAUCAGGCGGGCCCGCCCUCUUCCCCCGGCGUGCCCCGCGGCAGGCGCUGACGUGGCUGCCGUCAGCGCCGCCAUCUUGUGGGAGCGAAACCAACGCCUGGCUGGGAGCAGCCGCCGCGGAGGUCUCUGGCCAGUAUCGCUUCCACCUGUCCACAAGCAUGGGGAAUAUCUUUGCAAACCUCUUCAAGGGCCUUUUUGGCAAAAAAGAAAUGCGCAUUCUCAUGGUGGGCCUGGAUGCUGCAGGAAAGACAACAAUUCUAUACAAACUGAAGCUGGGUGAAAUUGUGACCACCAUUCCCACCAUUGGUUUCAACGUGGAGACAGUUGAGUACAAGAAUAUCAGCUUCACUGUGUGGGAUGUGGGCGGCCAGGACAAGAUCCGGCCGCUGUGGCGCCACUACUUCCAGAACACCCAAGGCUUGAUCUUCGUGGUGGACAGCAAUGACAGAGAACGCGUGAAUGAGGCCCGUGAAGAGCUCAUGAGGAUGCUAGCUGAAGAUGAGCUCCGGGAUGCUGUUCUCUUGGUGUUUGCCAACAAACAGGACCUUCCCAAUGCCAUGAAUGCGGCCGAAAUCACAGACAAGCUGGGGCUGCACUCUCUACGCCACAGGAACUGGUACAUUCAGGCCACCUGUGCCACCAGCGGGGACGGGCUCUAUGAAGGACUAGACUGGCUGUCCAAUCAGCUCCGGAACCAGAAGUGAACCAGACCCCUCCCUCCCCCUCACUUCCUCUUCUCCGCCCUCCGCUUUCCUCUCAUGUGGCAAACGUGCGACUCUGUGGUCCUGAGUGCCAGAAGCUGUCUCCAUGGGUUGGUCACAGUGUGCAUCGCACCGUGCUGUACAUGUGCAGACGCAGCCUGCAGCCAGGUUUUUAUUUAAUGUAAAUAGUUUCUGUUUCCACUGAGGCAGUUUCUGGUACUCCUAUGCAAUAUUACUUAGCUUUUUUAUUGUAAAAAAGAGAAUCAACUCACUGUCAGUACUGAGAAGGGAUUUGGGUGUAGGGGCACCUGGCCUCCGGGAGCCAUUGGGCUGUAGACUGGUGUCAGUAUCCAUUUGGUGGUUGGUUUUUAACCCAAACUCAGUGCAUUUUUUAAAAUAGUUAAAAAUACAGGACAAGAACACUUGAACACACAGAACGGAGACUAUGCCUAGUGUAGGUUUUGCAGUAAUGGCCUGAAUGCUAGUCCAUCGGAUCACCUGUUCCCGUGGGUACAGGAGAGAAGGUGACAAACCACCAUCCGCUGCAUGGUCACAGUAGAGCCCCCGUGACUCGCCUGUCUUUGGGUCACCUGCAUUCCAUAGCAUUGUGCUUGUACUUGUGCUCACAUGGUCACCUAGGGGUGGGCUGGGAGCCAUUGUGGGGUGCAGGGCCCGGCUUGUAUUUGGUGUGUGGCCGGGCCAGAUGGCAGCCUACAUACCCAGCUUACUCUUGGGCCCACUUGGACGCGCUGGCAGGAGGCCUGGGUCUCACCAGCAGGAGCGUGUGCAAGCUGGGAGGGUCGGUCCAUUCCAGACCCACAUCCUGGAGCACCCCCAUCUCCAUGUGUGAAGUAGCUUUCUCCCUCAGCCUGCAAGGGUCCGAUUUGCCAUCGAAAGACGACCUCUACUUUUUUCUUUUGUAUUUUGAUAAACACUGAAGAAGCUGGAGCUGUUAAAUUUAUCUUGGGGAAAUCUCAGAACUGGUUUAUUUGGUGUCGUGGAACCUCUUACUGCUUUCAAUACACAAUUAGUAAUCAACUGUUUUGUAUACUUGUUUUCAGUUUUCAUUUCGACAAGCACUGUAAUUAUAGCUAUUAGAAUAAAGUCUCUUAACUAUU